AUGAAGGUCCGGAAGACAGUUUUGUUCAAAUCUGCGGAACUUUGGGCUGAACAGGCAGAUCGCAAUGAAACGCAUAUCACGGUACGUGGUACGGGGGCUGGAGGGGAGUUAGUGCAAUCGAGAACAAGAUAUGUGAGGUCAGAGGGGGGUAAUACGACGGGCAAUGUGGUAAGGAUUACGUGGAAUCACUUAAACAGCGAUACUGCUAGCGAAAUAUCACCUCAGCUACUUAAUGGAUUCAACAUCUAUGUAAGCGGUGACGAAAUGGGCUCAGUGCCUUCUUAUUACGUUACCACGCCUUUACAGAGAACAUUUCAUUCUGCGAAGUUUGAACUGGAUGCUGUGAGAUCAUGGUUGGGGGAAGGAUAUUCGUUCAUAAUGGAGUCCUUAAAGUGGUCCGAGUGUGAUUACGAUCUAAUCAUGGACAAGGAGUUAAGAGUGGACGAGUACUGUACUUUGGCUGCGAAUCAGACUAUAUCUUUUUCUUCUUUAGAUUAUGCAAGCAGCGAUAAAAAUGUGGACAACAAUGAUUUUAAGUUGGAGGGUGGACUCUUCUAUCCUGAAAUAUCUGACUUGGAAGAUGUACACUUAUCAGGGGUUCGCUGCUCCUGGCUAGAAGACGGUUCAGGUCUGAUAGAUACUUGUGAGAAGACCUAUCUUUUUUACGAAAUUGCCCAUUCGAAAGAGGCUCGAGAGCAUGUUCCUAUUGUCCUAGAGGAAACAACUGGCAUGCAUCCAACAGUAAAUAUUGAUUUGUCUGCUUCUACGGCACAUGAACCCAAGUGCAAGUAUUAUGCUUUUAUCAAUUUGCCUGUGGAAAUAUUUGUUGACAAAUUUCAACAACCACCAACUCUACUAUUUGGGGAAGAUGAUCUAGAACAGCCAAGUUAUAAAUUGGACACUUGGGGCUCUGAGGUUGUUUAUACACUGGUCCCUGGAAAAGUUAAUACAAUCAAGUUACACUCAAGGUACGUCUCACCAGAAAAAGGGGGUGGCCAGAACACUGUUUUUAUAUACCCCUAUGUGUUCGAGGCUUGUGAUACGGACUCUAUUAAUGUUUCAGCAAAUCCAUUCUAUUCAAAGAAUUUGGGGUUUGAGGUGUAUUUUACCCCAGACACAAAGUUUAAUCACCUGAAUAAUACCAAAAUUCCUGUCUCUAUCCCAAGAGCAAAUACGGAAUCAUUUUCAUUAAUUCAGUAUACAACGGUAAUUUGCCUAAUUGGUUCCAUCUUGUAUUUGUUUUUGGUCCUUUUCAAAAAACCUUAUCAUAACUAG